AUGGGCCAUCUUUUUUCGAAAAAUGGUUUACGCCUGAAGAAGAAGACCCGCAAGUUGCAUCACAGGAAGAAGAAGAAGAGGAACUGUUUUCUGCAGGGGCCUUGCAUGCUCUGCUUCAUUGUCCACAGCAACAGCAGUGGUCUCGACGACAGCGACCAGCCGGAAGCCAACGGGUGCCGUCACAACACCGUCCCUGGCCUGAGCGACGUCAGCAUCGGGGCCGCAGCCGCUUCCAAGCUCGCAGAGCGCUACACAACGCUUGCGUCUCCUGAGGACUGCUCCAAGUUCCUUCUGUCCCCAAGGGAGCUAGCCAUCUGGGAAGGACAGGGGAGGAGCAUUUUGUCCGCUGUUCCGACCAAACUGAUUCCUCCACCCGUGCUUUUUCGAACCGCCGGUGUGUCUGUGUCCAUACCCGUGCCAGUGCCCGGCUGCACCAGCGACUACACUGAGAUGGUGUGUAAGAGGAAGUGCUCAGAGGUGCAGAGGUGCACCCCGUGCAAGCAGCCUCGCUGUGCCUUUGCUGCUCCAGAUGGAGGGCUGGAGCACGGGGUUGUUGGAGGAGGCGGGGGAGGAGAGGCCGCUUCAAACUCUGAGACCGGCCACCGCAACCUUCCCCUCUGCCCAGCUCCCUCCUCAUCCUCCUCUGCUUCCUCCUCCUCCUCACCUGCCGAUGGCUGCUGUGGGUUGGGUCUUCAUGCCGACUCGCCCCACAGUUCGGACUCAUCCCCCUGCUGCCUGCACCACUACGGUGACUGCCAGGCAAGAAGCUCGGAUGCUGCUGACCACUUAAGUAUCAACCACUUGCCUUCCUCCAUCCUUCUCAAGGUGCUGUCCCAUCUGACAGUGAAGGAGCGCUGUCUAUGUGCCUCUCUGGUUUGUAAAUACUGGAGGGAUCUCUGCUUGGACUUCCAGUUCUGGAAGCAAAUUGACCUCAGUGGCCUACAGCAAGUCGAUGAUGAUCUUCUUGUAAAAAUAGCUUCUCGGAGGCAGAAUGUGACAGAGAUCAACAUUUCGGACUGCAGGGGCGUCCAUGACCACGGCGUGGCCUCCCUGGCCUCACACUGUCCAGGCCUUCAAAAGUAUACAGCCUACAGAUGUAAACAGCUGUGCGACAUCUCCCUGUCGGCAUUGGCCACACACUGCCCUCUCCUGGUUAAGGUGCAUGUGGGGAACCAGGACAAACUGACAGAUGCACCGUUGAAGAAGCUGGGAGCACACUGCAGCGAGUUAAGGGAUAUUCACCUGGGUCAGUGCUACGGUAUUACAGAUGAAGGCAUGACGGCUUUGGCGAGAGGCUGUCCAAAACUGCAGAGGCUCUACCUGCAGGAGAACAAAAUGGUCAGUCCCACAUAUACAUAG